ACAACCCCUCUCAACAAAGCAAGCACCACUACCUCACACACGUACCUGCAUUCUCUCAUCAAAUCAAUCAUCAUGCGAAAGGCACCCUCAUCGACCACCGUUACGAAGGCGAGAAACACCGCCGCCGCAACCACCGCCGUGAGCGCCAAGAGCAAGAUACACAAGCCUUCCAAUAAUGCAACCGAGGUUCAUUUCAGAGGCGUUCGUAAGAGGCCAUGGGGCCGUUACGCCGCCGAGAUCAGAGAUCCCGGCAAGAAGAGCCGCGUCUGGCUCGGCACCUUCGACACCGCCGAGGAAGCCGCUAGAGCCUACGACGCCGCCGCCCGCCAGUUCCGCGGCCCUAAAGCCAAAACCAACUUCCCCCAAUCACCCUCCCCGGACAACAACACCGGACCCAACGACGUCGUCGUCGCUAACGUCAAGGCCAACCAGAGCCCAAGCCAGAGCAGCACCGUGGAAUCCUCAACCCCGGAGCGUGACAUCACGCGCGGCGGUGGUGUGGUCGUCGACCGCUUCCCCUUCCUCCCGCUGCAUCCACAACAACUGAUGCCUUUCUCCGGCGGCGGUGACGUUGUUUACACUGCUCCGGUCCGCCCGGUGAUUUUUCUAGAUCCGGCUUCUCAGGCCGAGUUUUUCGCCCAGCGGUUCCCUGUCCGAUUCGAAUCAGGACCGGUCGAUUUUACCGGCAUGUUUGGCGGUGGUAUCCAGAGCGAUUCCGAUUCGUCCUCCGUCGUGGAUUGCCGGCCAAAACCUACACUCAAUCUCGAUCUUAACCUUGCUCCGCCGAAUGAAGCUUAAUUUAAUUUAACCCCUUUUUUUAGUUUACUUAAAAAAAUUACACACCGUAUGUAGUAGCAGAAAGUGAAAAGAUGAAGAGCAGAAGCUAGAAAGUAAAUUACUGUUGUUUUUUAACGGAAGAUUAAUCUUCCAUUAUUUUGAGGAAGAUAAGCUGUUAAUUAAUUGCAUCGAUCCUUUGAUGUAAAUAAAUUAAUUUUCUGUUUUUAGUUAGUUCUUUUCCAUUAACUAGCUUAAAGAGUAAAGACUAUGGAUCUGAAAUUCUCUGAGAUCUGUUGUGACCUUUUGUAACCUCUUAAUUUGCAGUAAUUCUAGUAGCUGAUGUCAAUUUUCUCUA